AUGGUGUUCUCUGGGGCAUCUCCGGGGGGCCGGGAUUCUGUGGGCAAAGGCGCGGUGGGCGGGGGUGGGGGUGGGGGUGGGGGUGAAUCGCGGCCGACUGGCGCGCGGAGGGGCCGCAGAGAGGCGCUCUCGGCCGGGGUCCCGCCCCUCGGUGUCCCUGCGCCGCCCACCCCCCGGCGUAGCCAAGCAGCCCGGGGUUUCAGGGCUCCGGCCCCGCAGGGUGGGCGGCGAUGGGACGCCAGCGACUCCCGCCCGGUACCUACGCGCGCGGCGGGAAGGCCCCAGGAUGACGCGCCGCCAGCGCCUACCGCCCCCUACAAUUCCCGGCGAGCUGGCGCACGGGGAUGGCGUCAAGCGGCGCGCGCCGCUGACGUCAGAGGGGCCAUGGCGGCGGCGGUGGAGCCCUGGCAGGCUGCGGGUGCACGCAGGAAAAGGCGCUCUGCGGCGCGGCGUCCCCGAGGCGGGGAGGCAGCGGCGGGGCGUCUGGAGGCCGAGCCGGAGGCUGACGGCAGAGUCGUGCUUCGUCGAAUCCGAGAAGCCGAGGAGGACCUGCUUCUGUCUGAUUUCUGGAGUCUGGCACUAGAAACCAUCAACGGCUGUCUUACACAACAUCUGGCACAACUGGAGGCCCCAGGGAGGGCUCUCUCGGAAGCCCUCGGAAACCUGCACCUCGACUCCUCGCCAGAUGCGUCGGAUGCAGCCCCGGGCUCCGUCCCAGGGGACACCCUGGUCCCGGGGUCCCGCCAUUUGAAGUGUGUGUGUUACGGCCUUGGGAACUUUGCCACCUGCGUCAUAGCCAGAAACCAGCUAGCGUUUUUGCUUCUCUUCCUGGAGAAGUGCCAGAUUCCCCGGAGGCACUGCUGGGUGUACGACCCUCUGUUUAGCCAGCUAGAGAUUGCAGUUCUGGAUGGCCUCGGCGUGACUGUCCUCAGUGAGAAUGAGGAGGGCAGGCGCUGCGUGGGCGGCGAGCCCACCGUGUUUUACAUGCCGCACUGCGGGACGGCCCUGUACAACAACCUCCUGUGGAGCAACUGGUCGGCUGGCGCCCUCUCCAGGAUGCUCGUCGUCGGGAACAGUUUCCGGGGCCUGGAGGAGAGAUUGCUGUCGAGGGUUCUGCACAAAAAUUACCCCUACGUGGCCAAGGUUUUACAAGGCCUGGAGGAGCGUGGGCUGCCGCAGACCCCACCGUAUGCCGACAUAUUCAACGACAUGUCUGUCCACUGGUUCCCGGCAGAGAAGCUGCUAAGACUCCCCCCGGACACGUGGGCAUUCCGGGAAGAACCGGACUAUGGGGACUGUGAGCACCUGGAAAUCAUCAGAAGCAGGACGAGCGGUCCCUCUGCUGCCAGCCCGACUGGGCCGUGACUCACUCUGUGCCGGCCGAGGCCCAGGAGGGCAUGCAGAGCCCCGUUCUCUGCAGCAGGCAGGCCGCAGACUGCGGGGAGGGGUCCAUCUGCUUCUCCCCUAGAGGAGGACGUGCUGUGCAAGGGCUCAGGGUACAGACGUGCCUCCCCAGCGUGAUGCUUCACGUCCUUUCCUGGCAACCUGACCCAUAGGGACAUCCGGAUGCGGAGUCACUACUCUCUCAGGGCUGUUUUCAAACACUGUUUAUUCGUGCCCAUGCCCAGCCCACCGCCCUCUACUUGGCCAUGUCAAUCAGGCUCUGCAGGGA